CUUGGUGAUAACGUGAUAAUGGUACCUGUUCAAAACGCGGAGGAGCUUAACGGGCAGUGCCAGAAAAUGAUACCGGCCGAGAGCAACUGCACCUACAGCCCGGACGGCGCUCAGCAGCAGCUUCCCGCUCCAAGAGGAUGUGGAAUGUUUACUUUCCUCACAUCUGUCACUGCUGCUGUCAGUGGACUCCUGGUGGGUUAUGAACUUGGGCUCAUCUCUGGGGCCCUUCUGCAAUUAAGUGGCUUAUUAGCCUUGUCUUGCCGACAGCAGGAAAUGGUUGUGAGUUCCCUACUCAUUGGGGCCUUACUGGCAUCGCUCCUAGGAGGAUUCUUGAUAGACACAUAUGGGAGAAGAAUUGCUAUCAUUCUGUCAUCCUGCUUACUUGGGCUGGGCAGCUUGGUUCUGAUCCUGACUGUAUCCUAUCCAGUUCUCAUUGGAGGACGAAUUGCCAUUGGAGUUUCCAUAUCCCUGUCUUCCAUUGCUACCUGUGUCUAUAUUGCGGAGAUUGCUCCACAGCACAGAAGAGGACUUCUUGUAUCAUUGAAUGAACUUAUGAUUGUAAUUGGUAUUCUCCUUGCCUAUAUUUCAAAUUAUGCAUUUGCCAAUGUUUUACAUGGUUGGAAGUAUAUGUUUGGUCUUGUUAUUCCACUGGGAGUUUUGCAGGCCAUUGCAAUGUACUUUCUUCCACCCAGCCCUCGAUUCCUGGUGAUGAGAGGGUAUGAUGAAGCUGCUAGCAAAGUCCUAGGAAAAUUAAGAGGCAUCUUAGAUACUACUGAAGAACUUACUGCAAUAAAAUCUUCCUUGAAAGAUGAACACCAGUACAGUUUCUGGGAUCUUUUUAGGUCAAAGGACAAUAUGAGGACCAGAAUACUAAUAGGCCUCACAUUGGUUUUUUUUGUGCAAAUCACAGGACAACCAAAUAUUUUAUUUUAUGCGUCAACUGUCUUAAAAUCUGUUGGGUUUCAGAGCAAUGAGGCAGCCAGCCUUGCCUCAACUGGAGUUGGAGUUGUCAAAGUAAUCAGCACUGUUCCAGCUACCCUUUUUGUGGACCAGGUUGGGAGCAAGACUUUUCUGUGCCUUGGCACCUCAAUGAUGGCAGCCUCCUUGUUAACUAUGGGUCUUUUGAAUCUUAAGAUCCAUAUCAAUUCUACCAGUAUCUGUAAUAGUCAUAAUUCUAUCAACCACUCCCUGGGAGACUUGACUUUUUAUGAACAAGGAAAUUUGCCAGUUAGCAACAACAGUCUCAAAGAAUUGUUCACAGGGAUCACUUUAAAUAGCAGGAGCUCACUAAUGUCAAUCAGAAGUGACACUGAAAAGCACGGGGAGCUGACCUGGGCAUCUGUGCCAAGUGUUGGAACCUCAGGACCAAGCCCAACACAACAACAUCAGGAAAUGGGCCCAGACCAAGUCCCAGAGUAUUUGAAAUGGCUCUCCUUGGUCAGCUUACUUUUUUAUGUUGCUGCUUUUUCCAUAGGUCUUGGACCAAUGCCCUGGCUGGUGCUCAGUGAAAUUUUUCCUGGUGGAAUUAGAGGAAGAGCAAUGGCUUUAACUUCUAGCAUGAACUGGGGAAUCAAUCUCCUUGUCUCACUGACAUUUUUGACUGUAACUGAACUUAUUGGCCUGCCAUGGGUGUGCUUUAUUUACACAAUAAUGAGUCUAGCAGCACUGGUUUUUGUUGUUUUGUUUAUCCCGGAAACAAAGGGAUGCUCUUUGGAACAAAUAUCAGUGGAAAUGGCAAAGUCGAACUAUGUGAAACACAACAUUUAUCUUAUGAGUCAUCAAAGAGAGAAGUUGGUGCCAACGGAGCUUCAAAAGACAAAACACCAAGAGCAGUUGUUAGAGUCCAAAAGGUUGUACGAAAAAGGGCAAUCAAGGCAGCCCUUUCGGGACUGAUGCCAUGCAAACAACGAUAUUGAUUUGGCAUGAGGACACUUAGUGUCUUCGUAAUAAUGUACAUCUGGUACUUUUUUUGAACUUCAGUGUCUGAAGCUUUUAAGGUAUUUCCUAAUCCAGUCACAAGUGGCUUAAAAGUCAGUUCUUAAUUUUAAAGUCUAACUAGGGAAAGAGGAAGCAGAUUGUCACCAAACUACCUGCCAUUUCCUACGAACCAGUUGAGGACUGGCCCGAGAAAGUGUAGUUGCGUUAUUGCUUUUCACUGUCCUGAGCAAUUUAAGAACAGGCCUUCUGAAAUCAAUCAAUCAUUUGACCACUCUACACCACCUACCCACACCCAAACAACAGAUUUACUUUCGGAGGUAUGAGACACAGAUUUUUAAAUAUGACUUUACCACUAUAGGAACCUGGCUUGCAGAGUGGAUCUUUUUUUUUUUCCUUUUUGUAAGAGAAGGCAGUAAACUCUAUGGGUGCAGUUCAUCUUUCUUUGUUGGUCUAGAAAGGGUUAGAAUACUCUGAUGGCUACAUUUUCAAUUGGUUGUACUUGCUGACCGUAUCUAAUUAAGAAUAGCAAAGGUUUCUAUAGCUGUAAUUAAAAUUCAUGUAAUAAUUUAAAAAUUUUGUUAAUCAUUCUUCAAGUGGACUUUCUGAACCCACGUGAGUAUUCCAGAUCUCAAUGCCCAUGAAAAUAAGGAAUCAGUUCUGUAGUAACAGAUGACAGUUCAUUUUUGAACAUUUUUCCUUGUUACCAAAGUGAGAUGCCAAGAGAAUUUGGAAAUAUGGGACCAUAUUUAGUUGUAACCCUUAGUGAAAACUUAUGACAAGAUUUAUGAAAUUAGGAAGUUAGCAAGAUAAUCAGUUAUUUUUAUUUUGUUGCCUUAAAUAAAGCUUUCAAAACUUUCUCUUAUCAAGGCUUUCAAAGCUGAAGUGCCUAGUGUCUGCAACUUCUUCACAAUUCUCAGGAAUUUCCUACCUCAGGCUACAACCAAUAGGCCAUUAUAAUAGUUAAACUUCAGGCUGCUGCAGAUGGUGUAAAGUCAUAGAUGUCCAAAGACUAGGACCUAUUUCACCUGUCAGGCGUGUAUGUUUCUAAGUGAGUAAUUCAUCUAAUCCAGGAUUUGCUUUCUGUGCUGUAUUUCCAUGUCAUUUCUCCAGUUUAAAGAUCUGGGCAAGGGCAUUUACAAGGAAAAUAUGGCAGAGUUUGAGAGAAGCAAAAAGCCACAACCACCAAAAGUUCAUGAUACCAACAUAUAGACUGUAAUUAAGAGACAGAAGAUGUAUAUCUGAACUUCGAAUCAUUAAUCCAACUUGACCAAAAAAUUCAAGCUACAAUUUAAAAAAAAAAAAGGUCAGUCCAAAAACCAGUGACCCUUAAAAAAAAAAAAGACUUCUUUAUUUUGGAAUUUGAUUUGGUAACAAACCUCUAAAUCUCUCAUAGACCUUUAUAUUCAAAUUGGGGAAGAUACUAAUCUAGGAUAGCAAUAGCUCAAAUACUGGAGACAUGUUUAAAUAAAAAAAUACAAUGGAAGAAAUAAUUCUACCUAGAGAAAGGCUGGUAGGCCCAAUAGUGAGAUUUCCCUGGAAGAGAAGGGAAAUAUGGAUAGCAAGAGAUACCACAGAUGCAAAGUGAACAAGUUAGCUUCUGAGGCAUUCCCUCAGAUGCCUCAGUUGAAGUUCAAAUAGUCCACUCCAUUAUACCUCAGUAUGAGCAUUCAUGAUCAACAGAUGCUUGUGAACCUUGUUGGUUAUUGCUAGUGACACCAGUAUCAAAAAACCAAUAAUUCUAUUUUCCAAAUAAAUGUUUGCUCAUUCUCACUUACAUCAGAACUCCUUGAUUUUCCAAAAAUAGGGAGAGUUGUGGAUAAGGAUGUAUUUUUAUUACUCUUCCCCCAGUAUAACUCUGUAUGCGCGUAUGACAGAUGUUUUAUAGUCAUUUAUCUCUUCCCAUAUAUCCAUUUGUUGCUCUUACCCUAUUGGGUUGUAAUCCUGCUGGUACUACCUGCUGAUCUGUCCUCUCAGCACUGCCUCCCUCCCAUGCCAUUUGGGAAAGCACUAAUCCAGAUAGUUUAACUGUCACUGAAAAUCUUAGGAGAUCUGAAUCUACUCAUUGGGUUUAGUCAUUUUUUCUCCUUUUCCUAGUUUUUAAAUAGUUAAAAAAAUGUCAUUGUUCCAUAUGCACUUCUUUCCUUAUUUCUCCCUUGUUUAUUAACAGCUUAGGUUUGGAAGCUAAUUAAAACCAACUAUAUGUGCUCAAACUAACAAUAUAGAAUCUGUACUUUUGUUCAUUCAUUUUGAUUCUUUACAUUAGAUGACCUAUUGAAUUUCAAAGUGAAUUAAAUAUAGAAGAAAAACCAUUAAUGAGAAUAUUAAGAUAACCUAAAAAUUCAGAAUCAUUUUCAAAGUCAGGCUUAUUACCCAAGAGAAACCUCCACAAGAAAGAAUUUUAUUUUUAAGUCAGCCUUUUCACUUCUCAUAGGGCAAUCAGGAUGGAGAAUGAUAAAGAAGAGGAGAAAAGGGGGCACAAAGAACAUAUAACAUUUGUACAAAACUGUACAAUUUAUCCUAAUUUAGCAUUCUCUAAUAUACAAGAAAAAUUACUUAAUGGAGCUCACAUCUUUUAAUAAUUUAUUCUAAUGUUUCAUAAAAUUUUAAUACAUUCAGAUUUUGGUGUAGUAUUUUGUUUCCUACUGUUUCUAAAGAUUUGUGGAAACCCACAGUUUUAUUUUUCAGGACAAAAACACCACUGGCUAUGUUAAAUUCAAGUCAUAGGGCAUUCCUGCAGCAUAAUUACCAUUCCAACACUCAGGAAUUAGCCAAAGAGGACACUGGACCACAAAGUGAUUUAGUAUCAUUUUCACUUCCUGAAUUAAAUAAUCACCCCCUUUUUUUUAGCUCCAUUAAAUAAGAUAAAAAUCAGAGAGAAAGGACAUGUCUCACAAAAUGGCUUUCAAGCCCAGGGUGAGCUUCCUUCUAAGUAUAUAAUGGUAAAAGCAUGGUACAGCCUAGGGGCCCUUCUUGUCAUGACCAUACAACUUUAUCAAACUGCCAAGACUGGCCUAAAUUGAGAGUCUCCAUCACUUUCCUUCAGCUGUAAGUGAAGGACUUUUCAGAGUAACAAUGAGAUGCAGCCCAAUAGAGCUGCUUUUUCAUAUCCCAUCUGUGGAUAAGAAAAGUUUCUUUAUUAAACUAAUUUUUUUUUAACUUUCAAAAGAUAUUUAACACUCUUAUCAUAUUAAGUUAGCAAUGUAAGACAUGUUAAAUCUAUAAAGUUCUACUCUUAUUCCCUAUAGUUCAUAUACAUUUUUUUUAUUUCUAAUUUGCAAGAAAAACUGACAUUUGGUAACACAGCAUUAAGAACAUACUGUACACAUGUGGCAUAUAUACAAAAUACACUUCAAAUGGAAGCCAAAAAACACUUCAGCAAAAGACUAAGUUUGCAUAGUUUAAAAAAAUGAAUUCUGAGUAAUACAAUUUCAGUUAAAAUAGAAAAUGGGGAAGAAAAAAAAUAAUAGAAUAGGUAUGAAGAGAGAUCUUUUCCAAACUUUUAUUUGUGCACACAUUCAUCAAUUGAAAAAAGAUAACCUUUACAGCUUCUUUGGUGCCCAUGUUCAGCAUACAAAAAUGUAAAAGACUAUUCACAAAUAAAACACAUUAGCUCAAACUGAAAAACAACCAAAAAAAAAAAACCCAACCAAAAUAUGUCUUAAAAGUAGUGCACACCGUGACAGCUCUGCUUAUGACACGAGAAUUACUGCGAAAAUAAAUAGAACGUCCUUUUGUAAAAGCAGCAAUUUCACGUCUUGUAAACUUUUUACAUUACAGCACUGUUCAAAAUAAAAUCCAAAGGGACUGGAGCUUACACUGUGGCCGUGAACAAAUAAAAGAGUCUAUUUCCUCA